AUGGCUCCAGCAAGCUGCCUCGGUGUCAAACACCGGCAGGUCUGUACACCUGCUGGGUCGCCGCGAAGUAGCAGACUGCGUUCACAUGAGGAUUCUACUACGUCUAGUGAGGGUGAGGACGAAAGUGAGGACACCAAUGACAGUGAAUAUGAGGAGAAAAGCGAAGACACAGAUGAGGAGGUGACGACAGAUGCGGCAGGACAUGGUGGUGAAAAGAAGGAUAAGAAAGACAAAGAGGACAAGGGUGAAAGUGGAAGGUGUCCGGAUGCAAGGUUGAAGUUCGUGCGCCACCUAAGCACAGCACCAGUGACCAUCACUUUCACCAUUCGCGUGGAGAGAACCUUCUUGGAACGAGAUUGGAAUGUUUAUAGGCGCUUCAAAGCACCAGAACCGAAGUCUGCACUGCUGAGGGAUGCAGAGAAUGAUGGAGACGUGUACCUUCUGACCAAGGAUGGUACGAAGGUGGCAGCACAGUCAGCGGUUUUGAUGAAGGUGCCCUACUUUUCGGCUCUACUGGAGCCCCACUGGAAGAGGAAGCCGCAAACGCCAGGUCAACAGCUGGAGUUAGACCUGCCGUGUCCUGUUGAAAAGACCGCCCUCCAGAUCUUUCUCAACUACGUGUAUGGAGACACCGGGCCCCUUUUCCGCAUUCUGCCGCUCCACGCACAAGUCUUACAGGACAUCCUCAGGCUCGCAGAUGCGUGUGACGUUCCAGCAUUAUGCAGCGAGAUAGACGGCUUUGUUGAGGUGACCAAAGAGAACGCACAACUCUGGCUUCAGUGGCUUCGGGAGAUGCGGGGUAGCAACAUUGAGUUGAGCUCCAUCCGAAAACAAAUGGUCGGACACUUGAAGCAGGUCUUCAGCGAGGCUGUCAUGUGGGAGGACUUGGACGAUGAUCAACUAGCUGCACUUGUUGCGUUUGGACACGACCUCAGAAAUCGAGAGUCUUGACUCAAGCCAUACUGGCCUGUCUUAUGGGGACAACCUAAUCAGCGAGAACAUUAUCAUAGCCUUAGGGCCAGAGAUUGACCUUGCAAACAGUAUACACAACUGCGUCGCUUAUCGGGCUAUUGUGCAGUCUGGAAAGGAUCGACCGUCCUUUCCAGACUGCCUUUCCGGACCACCUUGAAGAAAUCCAGCUCGAUCCGCUUAUCCACGGU